AUGACAUCACUACCCUACGACAUCACUGCCCUACGACCUCACAGCCCUACGACCUCACAGCCCUACGACAUCACUGCCCUACGACAUCACUGCCCUACGACAUCACUGCCCCACGACAUCACUGCCCCACGACAUCACUGCCCCACGACCUCACAGUCCUACGACAUCACAGCCCUACGACUUCAAUGCCCUAUGACAUCACUGCCCUAUGACAUCACUACCCUACGACAUCACUGCCCUACGACAUCACUGCCCUACGACAUAACUGCCCUACGACAUCACUGCCCUACGACAUCACUGCCCUACGACAUCACUGCCCUACGACAUCACUCACUGCCCUACAACCUCACAGCCCUACGACAUCACUGCCCUACGACAUCACUGCCCUACGACAUCACUGCCUGA